AUGCAAACAGUUCCUGUCAGUGUGACUCGACCGGUGUACAAGGCCAUGCUUCUUGAGAGGGUAAUCCCAACUAUCAAGGCCGUAUGGCCGAAAGGAAGUGGAAGAAGCAUCGUUAUUCAACAAGACAACGCCCGCCCGCAUGUGCCAGAAUGCGACGCUGAUAUCGUCGCAGCGUGUCAAAGAGAUGGCUGGGACAUGCAGCUGAAAUUCCAGCCCUCAAAUUCUCCAGACCUGAACGUCUUGGACCUGGGCUUUUUCCGCGCGAUCCAGACCCUUCAAGAGAGAAACACGUCCCGCUGCAUUGAUGACAUUGUGGCUGCGACGGAGCAAGCGUGGGCUGAAGUUGAUAUGCAGACUCUGAACAACAACUUUCUUACGCUGCAGGGUUGCAUGCGUGAAACAAUUUGUGCCCGAGGAAGCAAUGCCUACAAGAUCCCACAUAUUGGCAAGGCGAAGCUUUUGGCCCGUGGAAUGCUACCAGAGCUGGACGAGUCUGAUGUUAGUGCAAAGUUUGAGGAGCUUGCCGUUGAAGUUUCAGAAGCAAUGAAGAUGUGCGAAUUCAGCUCUCAGCUGGAAAAGCUCAUUGUCAACGACGAGCUUGAAGAGGACCCUGAUGUUGAAUUGGGCGGGCUUUUGGACUUGGUUCACUUGGUUUGA